UCUAAUACAACUUUAAUUGAUGAAAAAAUAAAACAAAAUGGAGAAAUGAUGGAAAAGGAUUUACAUAGAGUAAAGAGAGAUGGGGAUGAAGAAGAAGGAGGAGAAGACGAUGGUCAUGAAGGUGAUAAAGAAGACGAGAAUGGUUGGGGAAAUGGGGAUUGGGGAGAAGAAGAAGAAGAAGGAGCCGAUGAUUAUGGAGGUGAUAAAGAAGAUGGUGAUGAAGGGAAUGGUAAUUGGGGAGAAGGAGAGGAUAUUGGAGAAGAAGAAAAUAAGGAAAUUGAAUGUGAUGAAGAAAAUAAUAAAAAAGCUGAAAAAGAAUGGGGAAAGAAGAAUGGAAAAGGCAGCGGUGGGGGAAAUAAAAAUAUUUUUGCGAUUUCACAAGAUGUUAAGAAAGGAAAGGGUUCGAUUAUGCUUGUUAACAAAAACAGAAGAAAAAGACAAGCUGAUGAUGAUGGGGAACAGGAAGAUAAUGAAGGUGAAAAUGAAAUUGAUGAUAGCGAGAAGGAAGAAGCUGAUAAAAAUGAGGGUGGUCAUCACCCAAAGAAACAUGGUGGAAAUCAUAAUGAAUUUAGAGUUAAUCAACAUGUUGGGGGUUCUGGAGGGACAAUUACAAUUUAUAAUAAAAACCGAAAAAAGAGAAAUUUAAAUGAAAAUAAAAAAGAAAAAGAAGAAGAAAAUAAUGAUGAAAAUAAAAUUUUAAUUAAACAAAAUGUUGGGGAAAAGGGUGGAUUUCUUGGAAUUUAAAUGAAAAUUGGAAGAAGUGAAGAAGAUUAAAUAAAGAAUUGUGAAAUGAUUUAAAAGAAUUAAAUAUUAAUUGAUAUAU